AUGAGUCCCCGAUACAUCCUCUACAUCCACCUGGUCAUGAACGACAUCAUCCUAUUGACCAUUUUGACUCUCAUUCAGGUGUUGAGCUACAUUGUUUACACUCUGAACGUGUCCCUGUGCAUCCUGCUGGUUCUGUUGGGCAUGGCUGCUAACUUUAACAACCCCAUGACUCUGGCAGUUAUGGCUCUCGAAUGCUUCGUUGCAGUCUGCUACCCUUUGCGACACUCCCAUAUAUGCCAAAGGGGAAAGCACCCCGCGAGUUACGGCCACAUGCGGGCCGUAGGGCACCUAGACAUGGCUGGCGACAGUGGGAACACCGCUGGCCCACGACGUCUGUCCUCCGCCGGACGAGACAUGCACGGACGGGCAAUAGCAGAGGCGGAACAAGAUUAUGCUUUCGGUAGCAAAACAAUAUAA